CGCCACUCGAGUGCGCAGGCGCCUGGCGGUUACCGGUCUCGCCAUGGAGCGGAAAGUGCUUGCGCUCCAGGCCCGAAAGAAAAGGACCAAGGCCAAGAAGGACAAAGCUCAAAGGAAAACUGAAACUCAGCACCGAGGCUCUGCUCCCCAUUCUGAGAGUGAUCUACCAGAGCAGGAAGAGGAGAUUCUGGGAUCCGAUGAUGAUGAGCAGGAAGAUCCCAAUGACUAUUGUAAAGGAGGUUAUCAUCUUGUGAAAAUCGGUGAUCUGUUCAAUGGCAGAUACCAUGUGAUCCGAAAGUUGGGCUGGGGGCACUUUUCAACAGUGUGGCUAUCAUGGGAUAUUCAGGGAAAGAAGUUUGUGGCGAUGAAAGUAGUUAAAAGUGCUGAACAUUAUACUGAAACAGCGCUAGAUGAAAUCCGGUUGCUGAAAUCAGUUCGCAAUUCAGACCCCAGUGAUCCAAACAGAGAAAUGGUUGUUCAACUACUGGAUGACUUUAAAAUAUCUGGAGUUAAUGGAACACAUAUCUGCAUGGUGUUUGAAGUGCUGGGGCAUCAUCUGCUCAAGUGGAUCAUCAAGUCCAACUAUCAGGGGCUUCCGCUGCCUUGUGUCAAAAAAAUUAUUCAACAAGUGUUACAGGGUCUGGAUUAUUUACACACCAAGUGCCGUAUCAUCCACACUGACAUUAAACCAGAAAACAUCUUGCUGUCAGUGAAUGAGCAGUACAUCCGGAGACUGGCGGCAGAAGCAACCGAGUGGCAGCGAUCUGGAGCGCCGCCACCUUCUGGGUCUGCGGUCAGUACUGCUCCCCAACCUAAACCAGCUGACAAAAUGUCAAAGAAUAAGAAGAAGAAAUUGAAGAAGAAGCAGAAGCGCCAGGCAGAAUUACUAGAGAAGCGAAUGCAGGAAAUUGAGGAAAUGGAGAAAGAGUCGGGCCCUGGGCAAAAAAGACCUAACAAGCAAGAAGAAUCAGAGAGUCCUGUUGAAAGACCCUUGAAAGAGAACCCACCUAAUAAAAUGACCCAAGAAAAACUUGAAGAGUCAAGUUCCAUUGACCAGGAUCAGACACUUACGGAGCGUGGUGUAGAGGGUGGUGCAACAGAAAUUAAUUGCAAUGGAGUAAUUGAAGUCAGUAAUUAUACUGAGAACAGUAAUAAAGAAACAUUGAGGCUUAAUGAGGAUCUCCAUAAUGCUAAUGACUGUGAUGUCCAAAAUUUGAAGCAGGAACCUAGUUUCCUAAGCUCCCAAAAUGGAGACACCAGCACAUCUCAAGAAAUAGACUCUUGUAUACCUGAGACCUCUGGAGUGUCAGAUACCAUGGUGUGCCAGUCUUCUGCAGCUGGAGACCAGUCAUUCAGUGAACAGGACAUCAGCCAACUUCAAGAAAGCAUUCGGGCAGAGAUCCCUUGUGAGGAGGAGCAAGAGGAGGGACAGAAUGGACCACUGGACAACAAAGGAAAAUCCACUGCUGGAAAUUUUCUUGUUAAUCCCCUUGAGCCAAAAAAUGCAGAAAAACUCAAAGUGAAGAUUGCUGAUCUUGGAAAUGCCUGUUGGGUGCACAAACAUUUCACUGAAGAUAUUCAAACAAGGCAGUAUCGCUCCCUGGAAGUUCUGAUAGGAUCUGGCUAUAAUACCCCGGCUGACAUCUGGAGCACAGCAUGCAUGGCCUUUGAACUGGCCACAGGUGAUUAUUUAUUUGAGCCUCAUUCGGGAGAAGAGUACUCCCGUGAUGAAGAUCACAUUGCAUUGAUCAUAGAACUUCUGGGGAAGGUGCCUCGCAAGCUCAUUGUGGCAGGAAAAUAUUCCAAGGAAUUUUUCACCAAAAAAGGUGACCUGAAACACAUCACGAAGCUGAAACCCUGGGGCCUUUUUGAGGUUCUAGUGGAGAAGUAUGAGUGGUCUCAGGAAGAGGCGGCUGGCUUCACAGAUUUCUUACUGCCCAUGUUGGAGCUCAUCCCUGAGAAGAGAGCCACUGCUGCCGAGUGUCUCCGGCAUCCUUGGCUCAACUCCUGAGCCUCUGCCCAGCCCCACAGCAGCAGAGAUCACUACACUGACCAUCUGCCCUCUUCUCCAAGCAGUUUCCUCUUUGCAGGGUGAAGCUCUUCAAGGGUUUCUAGAUUCUUUUUUCCUUAAUCCAUCAUGUUCAUUUGGGUUUGCUACUUGACUCUGUAGAGAUCCCCACUGCCAUUGGGUGUCCCAGGUGAAUUUGGCCUUGGUGGGGCUUUGCCAAAGACUAAACUAAAAAUGUGAAACAGCCUCUUGCCCUUACCCCCCUGCCUUUACAACAGGGCAUCCUUUAAAUUAUAAGCACCCUCUUUAAAAAGAGCGAUGAAGAUGUGUAGACCCAUCCUUUUAUUCACUGACUCUGAAAAUCAAAUUUUCUAGGGUACAUAGUUUGCCAGCAUAAGGAUGAGGAAGGAGGGGAAUGGGUGUUACUUCUGUGUACAACAGAGACAUUAAACUUGCUGUAUCCAGGCUACAUCGUGUUCCUGGAUUGUUUCUGUUGUUUGCUGUUUUUGUUUUUUCCUGCAACUUUUAGGGUACUACCUUUUGAAAGAGCUGUGUAAACACCAAAUUUGGUACUAUUUUAUCACAGUUAAAGCACUGUCAUAUUCCUUUCAUCCUUUAAUAACUCUAAGAUCCUCAAAUCUUCAGUCUGACUCUUAAUGUAAACAGCAGUGGAACCAUUGAAUACUAGUUUCUUGAGAACCUCAGGUGUUCAAUCACUCCUUUCCUGUGUGUCCUGUUACCCUAAAAGCAAGAGUUACUUUCAUUGGCUGUUUCCCUUUUUGUUUUUUAAAUCCAUGGACAGCACUUUACCCGAUGCUCUUGAGUUUAUUGCCCCAUAACUGAAGAAUCAGGAUGACUCCAGAAUGGAGGUCUUGGUUUCAGAGCUUUCCCAUCUAAGGAGAAAAUGUCCUAGAGGUCUGGUUGUUUUCCAAACAGUUCUCUGCCUUUAUUUAAGUGUUUCAUGUUACCCAAAAUUGUGAUUUUGAGCCGUUUCCCUCUGGGGCUUUGCCAUUCUCAUUUUCUCAAUCUUGAGAGUCUUGUUUUGUUUUUUGGUACCGGGGAUCGAACUCGAGACCUUGCGCUUACAAAGCAGGUGGCGUCACCACUGAGCUAAAUCCCCAGCCCAAUCUUAAGAGUCUUGAAUGAAACGCUGGAUAAAAGAACCAAGAGGAAGUGUGGAAUGGCAUUUUUUUCAUUGGCUGUUUUUGCCCAUUGACUUUUUAAGGUUAGCCAUUCUCUGCUGCUAUUUCCUUAUAUAAUGUAAGUUUAUAACUGCAGUUUUGAGAUGAAUGAAAUGUACUUGAGGCUUUUUUCCCCUAAUGCAGAAAGGCUUUGUUAAUUUCAUAUUAGGACUGGCCUCUCGUAAACUUGCCCAACCAUGACAUACUCCUUGGACAAAACUGGGUAGCUAAAAGAAGGGCAGGAUUGGGAUCAUAGCCACUUACUCAGCACAGACCAAGUGGACCUUGGAGCUGACAGCGUUCUCUGGAAGCAGCUGUGGAACUCUUUAAUUUACAGAGCCAAGGAGGGGCAGCAGGAGGCUGUGCUGGCAAGCUCCUGGUGAAACUCAGCCACCUUUCUGUGUGGGAAGCUGGAAUCCCUUCUGUCAUUUACCGCCACGGAGGAGAAAGUGGUGGUGUCCAUCGGCAGUCCGUUUAACGCAUAAACAUACUACUCUGAGGAACUGGCCAGCCAUUGAUCAGAUCCUCGAUUGGUUACUCCUGAAGGCAGACAUGUUCCUGUAGAAAGAAUUUUAAGUCAGGCUAUCUAUGCAUCUAUCAAGAACAGAACAGGUGAUCUCAGACAACGGCAGGGAAAUUCUUGCACAACCCUGAUCUACUCUGGGUUGUCAGCUGCAUUCAUAUCUAAAGCAAUAGCAGACUUAACUGCAGUCUCUCCUACUUUGUAAAAUCCCAGUUGUGGAAUUACAGAAUUCUGACGAUGGUAUUAAUGUGAAAAAACCAAAAGACAUAAGCAAACAGAAGGCUUGUGUGGCAAUUGACAUGGCAGCAAUUUUUAAUAGGAGAGAGAGCCUACAACUUCAUUUUGGAAAUCUUUCCCACCAAAUAAGGACUUUGCUCCCUAUCAUUUAAGGAGCCAGAUAAAUUAGAAGACCUGAAAAGAGGCAGCUGGAGACCUUGAUCUUACAUGUACUCCCCAAAUGUUUUUUGAGCUCAAUCAUAACACUGUCAAAUUUCCAUGAUCUCCCUAAAGGAUUUCUAUUUGCUGUUAGUUAAAAAUAAAGCCCUGAUACAUUUUUAUUCUUUCUACUGAGUGCAUUGUCUGUUUUCUUUACAAGUGCAGCA